CGAUUUUUGUUCUUCUCUUUCCUAUCUAUCCGCAACUUUGUUUAUUCUAUUGGGCUCUCUCUAAGGAUCCCGUUCUGCGCAGGGGUCCCUAUUCCUCUCCCGAGCUUGCUUUGUUGGAUGGAUAAUAAACGAAAAAGGCAAUAAAGUGAGAAAACAAAGGCGAUAUUACAUCGAAUCAGAUUGCUCAUAUCUGAACGAUAUUGUGUCUCGAUGUCUUUCUACUGAGAACAAGGCAGAGACUUGCGAAGGAAAGAUUCUGUCACUUUCUUUGCUUAUCUACCUAUCUUACCUUUCCUCUCUCCCUUUUAGUUACAGUAGCUUGUUCAACUGCAACAACCUCAUCCUCAUACAUUGUCACUCAUCGUCUUCCUUUCCUCCCAUUGCACGAAACUCGCAUAACCAAACGAAACCCACUUUCGGCAGAUCAGCUUCUUCACUAUCGCUCUCACUCAAGCUGAAACGAUUCUCUCUUCAUACCUGAUCACCCGCCGCGUCGACGACUCUACCAUAAAAUCCCUAUUCUCAGUCAAGCUUUUGACAAAAUUCUACACCAUUUCUCAUCGAGUCUACCAAGGUAUCUUUUUUCCUUUUCUUUCACAAGCUUAGGUACCUUACUUUUGGUAGUAUCCAGAAGCCAAGCCAAGCCAACCAAACCAAAGCAGAGCAGACCGUCUGCAUGGUUCGGUUCUCGAUCUGGGGUUAAUAAUAGAUGCCACCCUCGUCUUUCUGACCCGCUUUCUUCCUUUCCCUUCCCUUCACUUUAACCAUUUGCAUCUACAACACAUUUCCGUAGGACAUCAAACCAGCCUCUGAUAUUUCACCAGUGUCAACCGCUGGCAAACCCUAAUAUCCCCUUCUCCUCACUUCACUUGGUUUCUCUUCUCGUCGCUUGUACAAAAUCCCAUCCUCUCUACCAUGAACACAAAAAAAGGCAACGGGAGGACUGUUGCUCUCUCCAAGCGAAAGGCUCAACCAAAUGCUCUCGAAAAGUUGGGUGAUAACCCAACAGAAGACGAGAUCAAAAUUGCAGAGGCCAACGUUGCACUCGCUGAACUUGAGGAGAGAGUUGCCGAUGUCAGAGAAUCGUGGGAGACAGACUCUCUGUUUGAAGAUGCUUUCGAUGAGUUGAACGCUGAUAAUACCGUGGCCGUUGAUGACCCCCAAAGUGUGCACACCUGAAGAAGCUAGCAGACUUCGUCGGGAGCUCCGAGAAUAUGGUCCAACAGUCUUUUGCCAACGCACUGUUGAUGCUGGUCACUAUACCGCCAGAAAGCUCCUCAGCGCCUUUGGCAUUCGUCCUCCUCCCUUCCUGGAGGGUCAGCCUGAUGAUGCGUAUUUCAGUUUACUGUCGCUCGCUAUUACGCGUGAACUGUCUAAACGCGCCAAGCUUCUGCGUCACAACACGGUUGACGAUGCUGUCGACCUGAUCACUAAGAGCAGCAACAUCAUUCUCAUCACUGGUGCUGGUAUCUCUACAUCCCUGGGCAUUCCUGACUUCCGUUCCAAGGGAACUGGUCUGUAUUCCAAGUUGGAGCACCUUGGUCUUAGUGAUCCUCAAGAGGUUUUCGACAUUAGUGUCUUCCGCCAGGAUCCCACCAUUUUCUACUCGGUGGCCAAAGACAUUCUGCCGAGCACGGACCGGUAUACACCCACUCACAAGUUCAUUGCCAUGCUCCACGAGAAGGGCAAGCUCUUGACCAACUACUCUCAGAACAUCGACAACCUCGAAGUCAAGGCCGGUGUUCCCAAGGACAAGCUCAUCCAAUGCCACGGCUCCUUCGGAACCGCCACUUGUGUUCAGUGCGGUUACAAAUGCCCAGGAGAGGCCAUCUUUCCCGAGAUCAAGGCUGACAAGAUCCCUCGAUGCCCACGCUGCGUUCAGACUCUGCGCACUACUGGCGGUGCGCCUAAGCGUAAGCGGUCUGCGGGCACAGAGAAGAAGCGAAGACGGUGGAGUGCCGAUAGUUCCGACGAGUCUGAGUAUGACAUCCCCAGUGCUGGUGUCAUGAAGCCAGAUAUUACCUUCUUUGGCGAGGCUCUCCCCGAUGAGUUCUCUCGACGACUAACCGAGCACGAUCGUGACAAGGUUGAUCUCGUCAUCGUUAUCGGCACUUCUCUCAAGGUUACGCCUGUAUCUGAGAUCGUUUCUUGGCUCCCUGCCAAUAUUCCUCAGAUCUACGUAUCUCGCCAGGCCGUCAAUCACAUCAAUUUUGACAUCGAUCUCCUAGGCGACUGCGAUGUUGUUGUCUCUGAACUAUGUCGCCGUCUGGGCUGGCCAAUGGUGCAUGAGAUGGUUCCUAAGGAUCAAAAGGUUGAAGUCCGUACUGAGCCUGGCUUUAAGAGUCGCCACGUUUUUGAGGAGCAGAAGGCCAAGAAGUGAGAGCAACUUAUUGAAUAAUUUUCUAAGGAGGCCUUGAAAGACACUGCAUUUGUGCGUUUUUAUAAGAUUUUACAUUCUGUGCUGCAAGCGGAUGGCAUGGCGUCUAGAGGAUCGGAUACGAUGCCAACAAAAAAUGGAUGAAUAUGGACGGAGUAAGGGUGUUUACAGAACUGACCGUCUGUUGUCUUUUCUUAUAUGUCAGAGUUUGACUGUUUUUUUUAUUGUUUUUUUUUUAACCAACUUUCCUCGACUUAGAUAUAUAUGCGUUUCUCAUCCCUGCACCUGUCUUUGAUCCCUUUUCUAGCGACAUUUAUGUAUAAAAGACAAACUCGUGGGCUUCAAUAUCUUGGACCGGGACUAAUUUACCGACAACUCAAAUGAGAUUUUGGGGUGAUGAAAAGAAUUUGGUGCAGAUGUUGAAUUGAGCUAGAGACAGGGUGUCAGGAUGUGUUAGAGCGCACGCAUAUACAUCGUAAUACAGACAUUGAAGAUUCACGAAUAAACUACCAAUUCAAUGGUCU